CCCCAAAUAAAAAGAAAAACUAGUCUGGCUUUAAUCAUCAUCAUUUGAAAGCGCCUGCAUCAGUCUAUCGCCGCUUCUGUUUCGCUGCCAAUCGGGUUCUCCACCGACAUUAUUACCCUUCUUAUUCGGCGAGUUCUUCCUCUAUCCUCUGUAAAGACAGGUGAUUCCUUCUUAGGGAAAGAAUAAAGGACACCAAUUUUGAGUUGUAAGUAUGGUGGAUUGGUAAAGCAGGAAACACGAUAGCGACUUCCCUAGCUAGAUUAUGCUUCACCAGAUAGAAAAAAGGAUCGACUCCUUUAAAUGCAGAAGUUCUAGAUUUCAAGUCAAAGGAAUAGAUCUGUUCCACGUGAAAGUUGGCUAGAGUCUUGACACAUGUAUCUAAUUGUUGCUGACCUUUUCCCAUUCAUCUUGCUCUACUGGAAGGCUUCAGAUGGAGGAAGGUUUGGGAAUCAGCGAACAACUUCCUGAGGAUGAGGGAGGUGAUAAUGAGGCUGUGGGUGUGGAAGUCUUCGAUAUUACAUGCAAUGGCAUUGAGAGCGAUAGUGACCAAGUGCGAAAUAUUGAAACCACUGCUGGGCAAAUUCUUGAGUUUGAAAGCCAUGAAACUGAGAGAAACUGCGAGCAUGUGCUGAAUUUUGAAAGCGGGGAUCCAAGGGACAAUAGUCACCAGUUGCUUGAGUUACAUAGUGAUGGCCUUGAGGACCCAAGAUGUGGUAAUACAACAAUCCUUGAUGGUCACACUGGCUCAUCCCUUGGAAAGUCUUGCCCUCCUCUGGCUGUCGGCAUGGAAUUUGAAUCUUAUGAGGAUGCUUAUAAUUAUUACAACUGCUAUGCGAAGGAGCUUGGUUUUGCCAUCAGGGUGAAGUCUUCAUGGACAAAACGCAACAGUAAAGAGAAGCGUGGUGCUGUUCUCUGUUGCAAUUGCGAGGGUUUCAAGACAAUGAAAGAAGCAAAUAGCCGAAGAAAAGAAACAAGGACAGGUUGCUUGGCGAUGAUAAGGUUGAGAUUGGUGGAGUCCAAUAGAUGGAGGGUGGAUGAGGUUAAGCUUGAACAUAACCAUCUCUUUGAUCCUGAAAGGAUGCAAAAUUCCAAGUCACACAAAAAGAUGGAUGCAGGGGUUAAAAGGAAGUUAGAGCCAGCGGUUGAUGUGGAAGUGUGUACAAUUAAGUUGUACAGAACUCCUGCUGUUGAGACACCAGGCUAUGGAAACUCAGAUGAAAGAGUUAGCAGUCAGAUUUAUGGCUCCACACGUUUAAAUCUCAAAGAAGGUGAUACCCAAGUCAUAUACAGCUUCUUCUCUCGGAUGCAGCUUAUGAAGCCCAACUUUUUCUACAUUAUGGAUUUAAAUGAUGAAGGGUAUUUAAAGAAUGUGUUUUGGAUUGAAUCCAGAUCCAGAGCGGCAUAUGCUUAUUUUGGAGAUGUGGUUGUGGUCGACAAUACAUGCUUGUCCAAAAAAUAUGACAUUCCGCUUCUAGCAUUCUUUGGAUUAAAUCACCAUAAUCAGACUCUUUUGUUGGGCUGUAGUUUGCUUGCUGAUGAAAGUUUCGAGACAUAUGUUUGGUUACUGAGAGCAUGGUUAUCGUGUAUGUCAGGACGCCCUCCACAAACUAUCAUCACAGAUCGCUGUAAAGCCUUGCAAAAUGCAGUAUCUGAGGUUUUUCCUCGGGCUCAACAUAGGCUUAAUUUGUCAAUUAUUUUGGACAGCAUUGUUGAUACAGUAGGGGAAAUGGGGGGGUCAGAAGUAUUCCAUGAGGUACUGUAUAAUACAGUGUAUAGCUCUCUUAAAGUUGAUGAAUUUGAAGUUGCAUGGGAGGAGAUGACCCAACAAUUUGGAUGUAGAGGCUAUGGAUGGCUUCAAAGUUUGUAUGAGGAUCGAGAACGAUGGGUUCCUAUUUAUAUGAAAGAUACAUUUUUGGCUGGAAUAUCUAUUGAUGAUCAGCAUGGUGAGUUCAUGCGCCCCUUCUUUGAUGGAUUUGUACAUAAACAAACAAACUUGAGAGAAUUUUUUGAUAUAUAUGAUUUUGUAUUGCAAAAGAUGCAUCAGAAGGAAGUUCUUUGUGAUACUGAGUCGAGAGAAUUUAGCCCCGACUUGAGAACAAGGUGCAGUUAUGAGUUACAACUCUCUAAAUUGUAUACGAAAGAAAUAUUUUUGAAGUUCCAAGAUGAGAUGGUGUUGAUGUCUAAUUGUUCAGGUAUUGCACAAAUUCAUGUCAAUGGACCCAUCAUCACAUAUAUUGUUAAAGAACGAGGGGUUCAGGGAGAAACAAGGGGUGCAAGAGAUUUUGAAGUUACUUAUGAUAAACUAGGGGUAGAAGUUCGAUGCAUGUGCAAUUGUUUCAACUUCAAAGGCUAUUUGUGCAGACAUGCUUUAUCUGUGCUCAACUACAAUGGUAUAGAGGAAAUCCCAAAUCAUUAUAUAUUGACCCGCUGGAGAAAAAAUUUUAAACACUUGUAUGCAUCAGAACUUGGCUCGAGCAACAUAGAUAUUAGUAACCCUGUUCAACGGUUUGAUCAUUUGCACAGACGUGCCAUGCAAGUAGUUGACGAAGGGAUGACUUCUCAAGAUCACUAUAUGGUUGCUCAGCAAGCAUUUAAGGAGUCCUUAAUUAAGUUUCAUCUUGCUGCGGACAAACAUGUAUCAUAAAACCAAGUUGAAGUUAACACAGCAUGUAGCUUUUGAAUUUUUUUGUACUAUAAUUUGUUAUCGACUUCCAUACAUCAACAUGUAUAGUGCAGUAUUGAGUUUAAGAGCCUUUGAGGGCAAUGUUUUUUCUCCC